UGGCAGUGAGUAGGUACGGGAUGUAAAUCGAGGAGUUGUGACCUUGUUGUCCCGGUGUGUGGUGUGUGCCUGGUCUCAGGCCUAUCCGAAGAUCGGAAAUAAUGAGCUCUGAGCUCGUUCCGUAGGAUAACUACCCGUAGGGUGCUAAAGUUCCUAUUGUCGCCAGGAACUAUCUUAAAAGCUUUAGGAAUAAGAAUAAUGAAUGAUGAUAGUAAUGGUGAUGACAAAGAUAACAGUAACAGCAACUUCAGAUUGUGAGCUUGUGUUAGAGUGAAGUGCAUGUAUCUUUAUUGUUUUUUUUUUUUUCUUUCGCUCCUCGCUGUGAUGCUCUUAUGCCAUGGUUCCUUUGUAUCUCUGUGUGCAACUUUGUAUCCUCUAUUUGUUGUAGGCUACUGUGUCUCUAUCCUUCAUUCUCUGUCCGGGGGUGAGUGGCAGGCUCCAUCCUCCUCCUUUGUUGUAUAAUCUAAAUCCAACAGUAGAUGUGUCAAUCAAUCAAUCAGAAUCCUGGAUCGAGAUUUUGAUUUUCGCGCGCAGCAUCUGAACCUAACUUACCACAUACGUAAUGCCUAUUUUCGCAACCAUCAGCAAUAUAAUCCAUCACACAGUAGAUAUAGUGGCAGGUAGUGAUUGCUUUCUUUGUUAUGUGUCCAGUACAAUAGAUGUGUCAAUCAUGUGAUCCGUGAAGAGCAAAUUAGUAUUGGAACGCCACAUGAGAGGAGCGAGAGGUGGCCAAGCACGUCACAGAAAAGCCAAAACAAGGAGCGGCUCCCCGUCAGUACCAGCUGAUCCCGGAGCUGUACUACUGACAAAUGACUGCAGUGUCAGCCAAGUGUCGUGACGUGGUGUGAAUACAAUGAAGGAAGGCGUCAUGUCAGAUACUGCGGCUACUCCCAUCACUCCAGGACAUCUACAUACAUAGACACACUACAGAUCCUGUGGUGGCAAGAUGUUGGAGGGAUUGGCAACAUGGGUUCUCAACAACUACCUGGGAAAAUAUCUGGAAAACCUCAACACAGAUCAGCUCUCCAUUGGCCUCCUCAAAGGGGAGGUGGAGCUGGAGAAUGUGCCGCUGCGGAAGGAUGCGCUGCGGCACCUGGACAUGCCCAUGGAGGUGCUGGCGGGCUUUGUGGGUCGGGUCAAACUGCAGAUCCCUGUGUCCCGCCUGCGCUCUGAGCCCUGGGUGAUUAUGUUUGAGCAACUUUACCUGGUGGCCGGCCCCAUCAAGUUAGAGGAAUUUGACGAGGAGGCUGAGGCAGCGGCAGCACAGGCUCGAAAGAUCAGUCAGCUGGAUGCACUGGAGGUGGCGUGGCGGGCUGACCAGGAGGAGUGUCACGAGGCCUCCCAUUAUGCCAACUCCUACUCCUCCUGGCUCAGCUACGGCACCUCCUUCAUGACCAACAUCAUUGAGAAUAUUCAGCUGAAGAUCCGUGAUGUGCACCUUCGCUAUGAGGACGACCGCUGCAUUCCCAACCAAGUGUUUGCGUGUGGCCUCACCAUUGACUCCCUGGCGCUGCAGAGCUCAGACGAACAAUGGAGACCCAGGUAUGUGUUUGGGAGUGCCUCCAAGAUGGCCUACAAGUUGCUGGAGCUGACCAACAUGGGCCUCUACUGGGACACCUCGGCUUCCCUCUACAGUGACAAGCCUCUGCCUGAACUAACGACCCUGAUGUUGUCCGGCAUUGAGAAGCGUGACCACGAGUACCUGUUGUCUCCGGUGAGUGCCACGGCCUGUGUCAAGCGUAACCUGUGUGAGGCUCCCCUGCGUUCCCGCUCCAGUCCUCGCAUCAGCUGUGACCUAAGGCUGGAUAAGUUCCCCCUCAACCUGGAUGAGACACAGUACCGCCAGCUGGUGCGCUGGAGUCGUGAGUAUGACCGUCUUGACCUUGCUCGCCACUACCGUAAGUGGAGGCCGGCUGUCCCUGUGCGGGAGAACAUACGAGAAUGGUGGCAGUUUCCCAUCCAGUGCCACCUGGAGCGUAUUCACCGCACCCAUGCUGGCAGGACCUGGCCAGUCACCCUACAGAGGGCCAGGGACAUUGUGAAGUAUGUUGAGGUGUACUGUGAGCAUCUGAAGCAGCCAGCCACAGUACCAGCAGAACACAAGGCCCAGAAGCUGAGACUGGAGCAAGAAUUGGGUUUUGGUGAGUUGUGUGCAUUGCGGGAAGUGGCCAUGGCUAGAGUGGGCAGGGAGAUGAAGGCCAAACAAGACACUCAGCCCGCUGCCUCACCCACCACCUCCCCGACAUACAGCGGGGAGGGGAUUCUGCAGCGGUGGUUUCCUACCUGGGGAGGCUGGUACGCCUCGGAGCCACCAGCCACGGACGCAGAAGACUCCAACAGAGAAGAGGAAUUGGAUCCAGCUGCUAAAGAAUGCCCUCCUCCUCCUAAGACAGACCCUUCAGGGGGUGAAGAGGUGUCUGGGUCCUUGGAGGAGGAGAUCCUGUACGUUCUGUCGGACACAGUUGAGAACAACACAUUCAUGAAGAGAGAUGCUGUGUUCUGCAAGAUCAGCUUUACCCUGAAGCAAAGCUCUUUCUGCCUCUCCUCCAGCCGGGGUGGUGCUGAGGACCAAGAGGGAAGAGCUGAGCUGUUUGAGCUGGAGUUUGCCAACGUGAAGAUGGGUCUGGAGUCUCGGCCAAGGAGCAAAUCCUACAAGUUUGACAUUGAGUUGGGCUCCCUGAUGCUGAAGGACAAGGUGACACCCGAUACAGUGUUCCCUCAGCUGCUGUCACCCCAGAACCGUGCACCAGUACCGUCUUUCACCGGCGCCCUCUCCCGCACCUCCACCAUGUAUGCCAAACUGACCAGCAUCAUAUCCCCGGCACAAACCAAGUCCCAGGGGCCGCUCUUCUCUCUGUGCUAUGAGUGCCGGCCGUUCAACUCCAAGGCUGAUCACAGACUGGUGAUCACCUCAUCAGCGCUGGAUAUGGUGUACAAUCCUGCUGCUCUGGAUGCCAUCAAGGUAUUCUUCACCCUGCCCUACCACAAGCGGGGCGUUGGAGGGGACUACGGCCUCACUCCUCAGAUGGCGGCUCUCACCACGGCAGCCAGGAAAAGGUAUGAAGAGUUGAAGGAACAGACCAAACAGGAGUUGAAGAGGAACUGGGAACAAAUGAUGGAAGGAGAUAUGGUAAACCGCAAGCGAUGGGAUAUCAAACUGGACAUCUCGGCUCCACAAAUCAUCAUUCCAGAGCAUUUCCAAGACAAGAAUGCCAUGCUGGUGGUGUUGGACUUUGGAAGGCUGGUGUUCUGCUCAGCCCAGCCUCCCACGUCUGUUGACAUCCCCAGGGUAGAGCUUGACCUUGCCAGUGAGGAUGAGGAUGAGUUUGCCACCCCAUGCUCCACCCCUGACGAAUUAGAGAGCAUGUCACCGCAGGGCACCAGGAAGGACAGUCAGGGCAGGAAGGUGUCUGCUCCAGACCUCAACUCUCAGUUUUCCGAAACACUGCUUCAUGAUCGGAUAUAUGACAAAUAUGACCUUCGGCUGUCAGACAUGCAGGUGUUGGUGGGCAAGGUGCACGACAACUGGCGUUUUGCUUACCUCAAGGGCACUGGUCAUAUGCAUGUGUUGGAUCGCUUCAGCAUCAACCUUCAGCUUGAGAGGCGAGUGGUGCCAAUACACGAUGCCCAACAGCAGUGGCCCAGCGCUACACUGUCUGGCACAUUGCCCAAGCUGGUGCUGCACAUCAACGAGCAGAAAGUCCAGGCGCUGAACAACAUGAUCACCAAAUUUUAUGCUGAUCAGCCUCAGGACACACCAAGGAAGGAUUCAGAGAUGGAAAACUACCGAGGUGACGAGUUGAGCAGCGGUGUGGUGAGUGACAGCAUGACGCGCUCCAACACCCUGUACUCCCUGGGUGACCAGACUGAUGACAGCUCUCCCAAGGGAGCCACUUCCCCUGCUGAUGAAGGCAAACUGCUCAUGGUCCAGUUCACAGUUGAUCGACUCUCUCUAGAGUUGCAAUCACGUGGGAGGAGUGUGGCAGAGCUGCAGGUGACAGGAGUCCGAGCCAACCUGAACAAGCGUCCCCACGAGAGCACCGCCACCCUCAGCGUGCACUCUCUCCUCCUGGUGGAUGCACUGCAGACAUUUGGCCCAGACUUUGAGCUUUUAGUUGCCAGUCACAAGCAUGUCAGCAUGGACAGUGUGAGUGGCAGUCUUCUGGACAGUGACCCCUGCUCCCCUACCUCCCCUGCCUCCCCUGACCAUAAUGCACCAUUGAAGCUGGCCUCUCCCCUCACCAUCAGCCACGCCAUUUCCUCAUAUGCAGCAUCAAGGGCUCAGUCACCACCACACGCUUCCCGUAAUAUUCCGUCACCUCCGCCUAUUUCCUCUCCAAUGUUCGGCGGUGGUGGUGGUGGUGCUGGUGGUGGUGGUGGUGGUGGAGGAGGAGGAGGAGGAGGAGGGAGUGCUUUGUCCUUCACUGAGGCACGUGACACAGAGGCACUCAUUAUCCUGGAGGUGACAUAUGUUUCAGCCAUGUGCCCUUCGCAGCAGGACGCCGGGUCGCUUUUAGUGGCCUCAGUGCAGUUCAACACUCUAGAUAUCAUUGCUAACCAAGAAACAGUGGUUGAGUUGGUGGGGUUCUUGCAUCAGCUAUUUCCUCGACCGUCCCUCUCCUCCACUCCUCCAUUCCACCCACACCACCUCCCUCCUACUGAAGCCUCUGCUCUGCCUUACACCCUUCCCCAACAACCUGAGAGGGAAGCAGAGAGUGGCGCUGAGCAUCCCCAUGGCCCAGAUGUUUCCUAUGUGGCCCCAGAGAAGAGUCCUGUCCGCGCUGAAUUGAGUUUUGACUUCCACAAGCUGACUGUGUUGCUGUUGCGUGGUGUGUACAAGGAGAAAGACCUGGUGGGACGUAAAGUGGGCACGGCAGUCCUCUCUGAUGCCAAGAUCCAGGCUACUGUUGACAGUGGCAUCCUGAAUGUUGAGGGGUCACUGGGAGGGUUCCAAGUACGUGAUGUGACCCCAGAAGGCAGCAAGCACCAGUGCAUCAUCAGUGUAGGACAGGACCCCAUCGUGGAGCGCUCACAGGACCUUUUCUCACACCUGAACAGUGACUUGUACCGGUCGUACUCAGCCAUGGACAAUGCUCACCGUGCCUUCAGCUUCAAGGUCAUCCGCCCACUAACCUUCACUCGGAUUAACCAGAAGUAUGGUGAGACAGUAGACAAUGAAGACCUGAGGGUGCAGCUGCGUCUUGCGUCUGUUUGCUACACCCACUCACCACACUUCCUGAAGGAGCUGAGGUCUUGUGCCACUGAGUUCAAGCAUUACAUGACUGUUGUGGCCUCUUCCCUCAAGCAUGCUGCGACAGAGAUGGCCAUGGGACUUGUCAGCAAAAGAAUAGAGUCGAUCUCCUUUUUCCUCAACCUGGAUGUUGUGUUGGAGACGCCAGUUGUGGUAUUGCCAGAGUCUCUCAACAGUCCUGAUGUGCUGGUGGCUCAUCUUGGUCAGAUCUCCAUCAACAAUGCAUCUCAGAUCCAGGCUGUAACAGCUCCACUCUCAGCCUUCCCUCCAAGCAAAGUUGCGGAGUACCGGCUGAUAGUGAGAGACAUGAGCCUGUUCUCCCUCAAUGUGGAGGAGAGACUGAAGAGCAGAGACAGCACCUUCCAGUGGUUCCAUCCGCUGUCCACCACAGUGAUGGGGGCAGAGGAACUGUACAGCUGCAGGGACCACGGCUGUCCCAUUCUGCACAGCACUACUGUGGAGAUGUGCCUCACUCACGAGAAGGCUGCCUUCCUCCUCACUGAUCUGGAAUCUGGCCUCUACUUUCCCACUGACUUCAGUAUUGAUGGUCAGCCGCCAGCCUCCAGAGACUCAUUACAGAUUGAUGGAGGCAUUGUGACGCCGCUGAAGGUGAGUGUGUCGCGCCACCAGUACCGCCAGGUGGUGAAGACUCUCUCCAACCUGUCAGUGCCCAACACUGACCAGAACACUGACCAGCCUACUAAAAGUUCUCCCGGCAAGGAGGGAGCUCGAGAAUCUUCAAGUAGCCAUCCUCAAGAGGCUCCAGAGGAUGGCCAGAGAACAAGAGGCAGACAGUCCCCCACAGUUGCUGUCAAAGGGUCCUUCUCAGUGCCCAGCAUGUGUGUGGAGCUGAGGGGCGAUGUAGGGGAAAGAGAGAAGCCCCUUGUGAACCUGCUACUGGAGGAGAUCAAGGUUGUGUAUGAGUCCUGUGAGCCUUACAAAAACAGCACUCAGGUAACCCUACGUUCCCUGAUGAUGGAAGACCUGCAGCAGUCAGACACCUGCACUGAACACAAGUUCCUCAUGAACUCUCACACAGACUCCCUGGAUGCCUCUUCAGAUGACCUCUCUCAGGGCAACCGCCACUUCCAUUUUGAGCGCCAAAUACCCAAGUUUAUCUCCACCUCUUGUCCUGAAUCUCAGCAACCCCAUGGACCUCUCCUCUUCCCCUCCUCUCUCCCUUCCAAACUGAAGAUGGAGAAGCCGUUCUUCAAGGCUCAGCGCAAACCUGUUCCUUCGACUUCUCCCACCUGGAAGACUGUGAGAGGCCUCACCACCACCAUGAUGGGAAGCAACACUGCAGGAAGUCCCUGCACCCCGCCACCCUCACCCAACACUGAGGAGGCGAGAGGCAGCCACUUCACCCAUCGACCACACACCACUCUUGUCACCAUCACUAUUACCAACAUUGACAGAAUGUCACCAGAGUUUCACAGCAGAUAUGACCAGACUCAUCGGUUCAUUGAUGUGGACUUCAACAGCCUCAACACCAUCAUAAACAUCUCCUCAUGGGUGAUGGUGCUGGACUUCUUCAGCACAGAUGAGGACGAGGCCAGUCCCCCCAAGACUGCCAGAGAGCAGGCCCCCAGCGCUGGUGUUGGCAAGAUCACACCCACACCAGCCACAGAAGAGUUUAACAGCAUAGUUGAGGUGCAGGUGAGGUUAUUGGGCCUGACCCUGGUGAAGGCAGGUCACCCACUAGCACGGGCCAGCAUCUCUCAAGUGGUGGUGCGGUCAGUGGGGUCGGGAGGCAAUCUUACACUCAAUGGACGCCUGGGAUCCCUCUCCCUGGUGGACUGCUCUUCUCAAAGUCUCCUGUACCCUGAAAAGUUCAUCACUGCUGGCACUGAGGCAAUGACCUUCCAGCUCUUCAAGUAUGGCCACGAGGACCCUGAGAUGCAGAGAGUGUGUGACGUGCGACUGAAGCUCAAGAUGUCCUCGGUGAUGUACCUGCACACUCACCGGUUUGCCUCCGAGAUCACACAGUUCGUUCAGCAGUUCAACCAGCUCAGGGAUAUUGUGUCUCGCUGGAGAGCAACCAGUGCUGGCCUUAAGGUGUCAGACUUCAGCCGUGGAUCAAGAGUGUCUCUGGACAUCAGUGCCGGCUCACCAGUCAUCUUCCUUCCCAUGUCCAGCCAGUCCAAUGACCUGUUGGUGGGUGACCUAGGCAGCAUCACCCUCAAAAACACCUUCCUGUGGGCAGGCUCAGAGGGCACCAUAAAGCAGGUUCGGGAGCUUGACAUCGGCCCCCAGUCCCUCUCGUCCAUGCGGCUGCGACAACAAGGCAGACAAUCAGAAGUAGCAUGCCAGGCACCAUCAUAUGCCAACACUGAGGUGGAUGCAAGUGCAGAGACCAGUGCCAAGCCUCACCGGUGUCUCUUAGAUGUGAUGUUUGUUAGUCUGGUUAACAUGGACAUUCACACCGGCACCAGGUCUUCCACGGGGCACUCCCAGCGGCACCACAGGCAACUUGGGAGAGGGAGCAGCACUGGUUUGGAGGAAGAUUGUACUAAGAGGGUAAAUAAUGGUGGGAGGAAGGCUAGAAAGAAGGCAUCAGUGACGGAGGGAGUGGAGUGGAUGUUUGGGUCGUACGUGGUGAAAAGAGUUGGUACGUCUCUCCUUCAUGAUAAAUGUGCCCUGGAGCUGCAGGUGGAAAGGAACCUAGACACAGCCAUCAGCCAUGCAGUGCCAGACAUCAGCAUCCAUGGCACUCUGAGCAAGGUCCACAGCACCAUUGAUACUGCUGAGUACAAGCUGAUCAGAGGUGUGCUCAUGUUUAACCUGGGAGAGCCGCUGCCUCCACCACCACCACCAACCUACCUGUACCAGACACACCCAGAGCAGGUGUGGCCGUCAGUUGAUGUGUGGACCUCCUUCUCCAUCACCCUGGUCCUGGACAAUGUGACGCUGGAGCUGGACAAUGUGGACAAGAAUGAGGCUCAGGCAGGCUCUCCGCUGGCCUGUGUUAACUUCAUACGCUCCAGACUCACCUUUGAGAGUUUUUCAGAUGAGUCAAAAGAUGUUGAUCUAGUGUCACAAGAGAUACUCAUCAGCGACACAAGGUUUGAAGGAUUCCCAGUGAACAAGCGGUCCAACAUCUUUACAAACAUCCUCCAGCCCACGCCCCUCAAGAGUGCCAAGAACAACAGUCAGCUGCAGGCAGAGGUGCAUUACAGGUCCACCAAGAAUGUGACACGCUUCACCAUUCUGCUGAACAACAUGCGGCUGAUGGGCAUUCUUUCCUGGUGGAUGGAGGUGCUGGAAUUCAUCUACACCACCCCAGACAAUCCCUUCCUUGCAGGGAAAGCCAACAAAGAAGAAGCCAACAAGGAUGAGUCUUGCCCCCAAAGCAGUGCGGUGAGCUCAGGGAUGCUGUCUCCCAUCCACAGUUCCUUGCCGUGCUCUCCAAUGCCCCACUCGCCACAGUCACACUCUCCCCGGCCACACUCACCCACACCCGGGGCACAGAGGGGCAGAAACACACGACUGGCUAUGCUGCCACGCCUGAACCCCAUGGUGGAGUCGACGGGAGUCAUGACCAAGCACACCAUCAUGCAGGACCAGGGCAAGGUGCCCUUUGAACUCAAGCUCAACAUCACAGACUCUGAGUUGGUGGUGGUAGAAAACACAUCUUUGUGGGACACCAGUGCUGUCAUCUUGAAGAGCACAGCAGUGAUCAGCUACAGGCCUCAGCACCAAGAGCGACCCCUGUCAUGCAACCUGAACCAGUGUGAACUUUACUCAUGCAUCCUUGGGCUGGAGGAGGACACAGCUCUCUCUAUCAUUGAUCCAGUCACCAUUAACAUUGAAGUGAAUGACCGUCUCUCACACAGUCGUCCAGUUGACAUCUCCAACAUGAGCAUGUCUGUCCAGCACACAGUGGAGGUGUGGCUUCACCAGCUAAACAUUCGGCUGAGUUACCAUGAUAUGAAGAUGUUCCAGCAGAUGUUUGAGUCUGUGUCCAAGCAGAGGGAGGCUUCCAGGAAACCAACCAUAGUUAAAGAGAAGAGCCAGCCUGCUAACUUUCAAGCUCAGGUAGAGAAGCUGUCUGCUCUGGGCUUCCAAGAGGCAGACUGUCGGCGCGCUCUGGAGGAGUGUGGAGGGCGGCUCGAUGAUGCGGCACUGUGGCUCACACACAAUGCCCACCCACUGCCUGCCCCCACUCUCCCCACCACCCUUUCCACCCAGGAGAAGGCCAUCAACUUCCAUGCCAUAGAGAUCAAAACUGGUGGUGUGAACAUCUGUGUGAUCGACGACUGUGGUGACUGUGAUGUUCCGCUGCUGGAGGUGUCCCUCGCCCAUCUGGGACUGAAGCAGGAUUGGCUUGGAAAGGGGACUGCCAGCUGUUCUCUCUCUGUGGACUAUUACAACAGGGCACUGUCUGGCUGGGAGCCUUUCCUUGAACCUUGGUUGUGUCAGGCAGAAUGGAACAAGGGCUUAUCAAGGGACCUGAGUGGUGAGCGACUGUCUCUGACCAUCACUACGGAGGAAACCAUCAAUAUGAACUUGACCAACGCCCUCCUGGACUUGUGCCACACUGUCAAGUCCACCUGGACACAGGACUACUACAACAGGGACAGGUUGGAUGUAGAGGCAUGCAUUAGCUCAGUGCAGGAACACAGAGGAGAAGGUGAUGGCAGCAGCAGCAGUGGCAGCAGCAGUAGUAACACAUUCAAGACAGCACUGGUCAGUCCUCAGGGUUACCGGCGCCGCUCUCCAUUCAUACCUUUUGGUCUCAAGAAUGACACUGGCUGUGAUCUUUCCUUUGCCACAUUGACCACCACCCCUGACAACAUGAUGGACCUUGAGAGUCCAGACCAAGCAGAGACUCCAGUGAGGGAGUGGGUCAAGGUCUCAGCAGGUUCUACUGUUCCGUUUUCAUUUGAGGGCCGAGGAAAGCAGCGGCACCGUGACACCCAUGAGCUGAAGGUGCACCAACUUUUGGUGCAUGUGGAGGGUUGGCAGGAGGUGGGGCCUGUCACAGUGGAUAAGGUCGGGGUGUUCUUCAGAGUUGCUUCACCAGACCCACAAAUGCCACCCACACAAACCAGUGAAUUGCCAAACGCCCGGAUAAUAGUAGCAGUAACGCUGGAUGGGUCUGCCCGAAAGUUAGUGACGGUGCGAUCAGCUCUGCAGCUCACUAACCUCCUACACUGCCCUGUUGAUGUGCGUCUGGAGAACUCUGCCAUCAGACUCGGAGCGGCUGCACAGCUGACAAAGCGAAUUGGUCCAGGGACUACCUACCCUGUGCCUCUCAAGUUUGUGGAGCUGCAGGUUAAUGCGCGGCCUGUUCCUAACUGCUCCAAAAGUGUAUUUAGCUUUUCCAGCAAAUCUAUAUUUUGUACCACCUUGCUGAGACUUGGGUGUCUGGACGAAGGUGUGAGGCAGAGUCGUGCUCUCAACAGCAACAAGGAGCUUCCUUUUAGAAGGGAAGACAUUUGUGGGUGUGCAUGUUACACUGCUGUAUUUCCCUUCCUGCCAGACACCAGAAUCCUGCACAUUGGUCCCAAAAGCACCGUCCCCGUGCCUCUCCUGUAUGUGUGGGCUGAGCUGUUUGUGCGGCCAGCCAUCUCGGCAGGGGUGAGCUGGCUGUACUGCAGGGAGGCUCUGCACUGGCAAGGGUCACCUCAGGAAAGGGCUGAGCCAAGAGUGUGUGCAGCUAUCAAUGCCCAAAUGCCCAGUUUUAGGUUUUGUGUGCAUCUCAAGAGGGACAACUUUCCUGCUGAUGGUGAUCCUCCCUCUCCGGGACCAAAGGUGUCACCCUUCAAUCACUGGGUUCAGCCAGGUCACACCAUCAUGCUGGUGAGUCCACUCACCAUGGUGAACCUCCUGCCAUAUGACCUCCACUAUGAAGUGAAGAUUCCCGGCACACCAAAGGGUCGGAUCAGGCCAGGAGAGGACGCUUGCCUCCAUUCAGUUGAUCCAGCAGAGAGUGUUACCCUCAACGUAUGGACAGACACUCUGAGUCCCUGUGGGGAGAUUUGUCUGAAUCCUUCCUCCUCUCCAUACCUUGUCACCCUCAAACUGCAGGAUAUCCACAAGCGUCUCCUCUACUUACACAUCAAGGUUCACUUGCAGUAUGGAGGGGCUCUUAAGGUGGUGGUGUAUGCUAGCUACUGGCUCAUCAACAAGACAGGUCUGCCACUUAUCUUCAGGCAAGAGGGAGUGAGCACUGAUGCUGCUGGUCAGGACAGUGAGCAUGAGGUGGCUCGGUGUGCAGCACCUUUGCUGUUUUCCUUCAGUGAUCGGGAGGCUAACCCAAUGGUUGUGGCUCGUGUGGGUAACCAACUGCAUCCUGGCUCCCAGGCACAGUACUGCCACAAGUUGCCGCUGACACAGGGCACCUGGGUGCGACGUCUCAGAGUCAGCCCACCAGACAAUCGGCCUGACCUUGUUUAUAUCGUGGGUGUAGAUGUGAGGCCGGGCCGAGGCAGGUACAGGGACACCUACAUGGUCACCUUUUCUCCAAGAUUCCAGAUUGAAAAUCGGUCAUCUCACGAACUUAUCAUUGCUCAGAAGAGCUUUACCACUACCUUUAGUGACCCAUGUGCCCAGUCCACGUGGCUGCGUGCCAUCCCAGGCUGCUGGCUGCCCUUCCACUGGCCACGCCUGGACAAAGAACAGCUCCUCAGCAUCUGCUUGAGAGAUGUGCCUGGCUGUUAUUGGUCAGGUGGCUUCUUCAUUGAAAAAAUUGACUCUUUCUACCUCAAUAUUAGAGAUAAUGAUGGUCGUUGCUUCUUCCUGCGUGUGGAGGUGAUCAUUAGUGAUGCCACCUUCUUCAUUGUGUUCACUGAUGCCGAGACGCUGCCGCCUCCCUUCCGCAUCGAUAACUUCUCAGAGGUUCCAAUCACCUUCUUUCAGACGGGCACGCAGGAGGAGCGGCUGAGGGCAGUGGUCAAGCCUCGGUCCUGUGUGUCGUAUGCAUGGGAUGAAGUGUGCCUGCCGCCCUAUCUCACCUGUGUGGCACCAGGCGGCACCUCUGUCACUUACAACAUGAAUUUCCUUGGAGAGGGUGCCAGGCUCACCUACGAGAACUUCAUCUACAUUGCCCUCACCGGCACAUUCCGCAAUGCGAGCGGCAGCAACAAUGGAGAAGAAGACAACGUGACCUUUGACCCGAGUGCUUUGGAGUGCCAGCAGCUGGUGCUGGACGUGCCAGAGGGAACAAUGGUUAAACUCUCUAGGAAGGAGAAUGGCAGGCGGUCUCAGCUGUGGCGAAUGACUUCCACAGGCAGGCUGCAACAUGAAGGCUCAUCACCCCCCCAUGACCCCACCAGCAGGAAAGCUGCCAACAAUGCUGCCUCACUGGUGCUGGAUAUUGCUGGGUGUGCCCCGCAACCCUCAGAGUAUGUGCCCUUGAUGCUCCGCAAGCCUGACGAGCGGCGCAGGCUGACCCAGACGUGGCGCUUCACGGAGGAUGGACGGCUGUGCUGCAUCCACGUCAACAUGUUUGUCCAGGCUAAGGAUGGCUUCCUCGGCCUCAUUCCAGGAUCUCAUUCUGGGGGAUCCUGGCAACUGUGGAAUGAUGUGGUGCUGGGUCCACCACAGCUGGUGCAAUAUGACACCCUGGCCAAUGGAGUGCCGCUGGAGCAGGCCAUCUCCAGGCAGCGGCUCCGGCCAGGGUCUGGGAUGCUGUCUGUGAGGGUGGACACAGACGGUCCCACGAGAAUCCUGCAGAUUACUGAUGUCCACAGCAAGGGAGCGUCGGCUGUGGCUCGCACUGAGAGUGGAGACUGGGUGAGCCUGGUGGACGAGGGAGGAACCACCACCAUAAAGAAGACAAGUGCUGCCUCUCAGCAGAUCAAGGAUGACUCAGGUUUACAUGAAGUGGAACUCCAGUUGAAGCUGCAGGGAGGCAUUGGCCUCUCCCUCAUCAUGCAGUCACCUCCUGAGGAGCUGAUUUAUGCCAAGCUGACGGACAUAGUAUUCCAGUACCAGAGCUCUCCUCUCCAGCGCACCAUAGACUGUAGUGUGAGAGACAUUCAGGUGGACAAUCAGCUGCUUGGAGCCCAGUGUCCCAUAAUGCUGUACGUCACACCUCAAAGCAAGAAUGAUGAGACCCGGUACCUGCCAGCAAUCUACCUCACUGCACACCAACUCCUGUCUUCCUGUACUAAUUCUUAUAUAUUUAAGAAUCUGAACCUGACCAUGAAGAACCUCACCCUCACCCUGGAGGAGAGCCUGGUGUUCAAGGUGUUGCUGUUGGCAGGGUAUGACCAGUCAGACUCUGAGCUGGAGAAGGUGGAGGAGCGGCAGUACGACAUGAGGAGGAUGCUUGCUGCUGCCACCUCUGCUAAUGCCACUAGGUACUACUUUACUAUCCUGGAGCUGCAACUGAAGCAGGUGCGCCUGAGUGUGCUUACCUCCAAGAAAUUGAGUUCAGAAUUAAAGAGCAUCAAAAGGAAGAUGGGACUUACUCUUGUCAGAUUUGAGCAUGCAAGCGUCAACCUGGAACCUUUUGUUCGACAGCACCCCUUUGAGACCUCACGCUUUCUUCUUGACUGCAUCACCAAGCACUACAAGGAGGAACUGAAGUCACAGGCAAUGAAGAUCUUGGGCUCCACGGAUUUCUUAGGUAAUCCCUCGGGCUUCUUGGCCGAUGUGAGCGAGGGCGUGAGUGAGCUGGUCCAUGAAGGCUCAGUGGGUGGCCUUGUGUGGAAUGUGACGCAUGGCAUGGCCAACUCCACCGCAAAGGUGACGGGCUCAUUAUCGGAUGCAGUGGGCCAUGUGACAAUGGACGACAAGCAUGAGGAACACCGCCAGAAGCUGCGGUUGAUGCAGACAGCUCACAGCACUGACCACAUCAUGGCUGGCCUGAAAGGGCUUGGCCUAGGACUGUAUGGUGGCCUGACCAGCAUUGUGUCUCAGACCUACACCGGUGCCACACAGGAGGGCCUGCCUGGCUUCAUCUCAGGGUUUGCUAAAGGCAUGGUGGGCACUGUCACUAAGCCAGCCAUUGGCUUACUGGACCUGGCAAGCAGCACUUCACUUGCUGUUCGGGAUUCAAGCAAAAACCCCCUGCAGAAGAUGCCAAAUCGCAUCCGGAAACCCCGGCUGGUGGUUGGCUUGAAUGGACUGAUUCCGAGAUACAACCUGAACCAAGCAGAGGGACAAGAGCUGCUACUUUCCUUCGACCAUGAGGAAAAUGAAAUCUUCCUUGGGUAUGAUGUGCUGCGUGAGGGUGAGGGAGACAUGAAAGUGUUGAUAUCCAGCCAGCAGGUGCGAGUGUUCAGCCAGAGUGAUCCAGCCCUGCCUCCAACGCCAGUCCUCAACGUGCCCUACAGGGACCUAUAUCACUGCAAGCCUAUCAUUCUGCAAGGGGACGAGUCUGAAAUUGAGCACAAGCACUACAUUGAACUCACCUUAAAAGCAGAGUGGCCAGAAGGCCACAUUAUUCCACGCCCCUCAGACUUGGCCUAUAAACGGCCUAAAGUUCGCUGUGAUUCCCAAGAAAUUGCUCACAAGGUGGCCCAGCAAAUCAAUUAUGCAAGAAACCUCCAUGACGAAUUGAGGCAGACACUGUUCAUGCAGGAAGAGGAGACAGUAGAGUAGAGAAAGACAGUUGAAGUGGACUUACAAACCUAGUGAAUUCCUACCAAAAUAUAGUUCUAUUUUCUUUCAGCUUAUAUUUUGGAAAAACUACUUUUCUGAACUACAGUUGAGAUUAUACACAUUUGUAAAUAGAUAGCCAAAGUACCAAAGCAUCUUAGUUAUUAAUCAAAACAAAUUGUUGAUGUACAGUACCAUAUUUUUGUCACUACAAUGAACAUAUUGUCCAUUCUUCAUCUGUUAUAUAUAUAUAUAUAUAUAUAUAUAUAUAUAUAUAUAUAUAUAUAUAUAUAUAUAUAUAUAUAUAUAUAUAUAUACAUAAUUUAUUUAUUUUUUUGUUUUGUUUUUUGUGUAGGGUAACUACUUGUGAUAUAUAAUAAAUGGUACUAUGUAGUAAAUUUUACAUUAACAAAAAGCAUCUGAUUUCU